UUGCACUUGCUGGUUGACCUAAAAUCGAUUCAGCAUGCCCAUUCUAAAACCCCACAUGCUGAUUCUUUACUGUAAGGUCUAGAUUUAUUUGAAUGUGAGUUGUUGAUGUUAGUUCUAUGUAGUCACUACUCAAGUGAACAAAAGACCAUGGCCACUGCUUACGUGGACCGAGCUCGUCUCGCUCUAGACGAGUUUCGACGCGCUGAUUUAAUUAGCCUCGUCGGCCAGGAUUUGCUGAACCACUUGAAGCAACCGACUAAAGGCAGCAAGCAAGUGCCCAAGGCACUAAGGCAUUUGUAUUUUCCGCCCUCCGCGAUUUUCACGGAAGGCAGUACUACGGAGUUUUCACGUGGUCGCGUCUUGAGGGUAAAGCAAGUACGAGCUGACAUUACAGAAGCGGAGUUGGUAUUGGCGGUGGGGAGAACGUUGUUGUUUGACUUGCGGGAUGAGGGGAGGAAACAGCGGUUGUUGCGAGCAGCCUUGCACGACGUGGAAGGAGGACUCAGCGCGCUCGAUAUCGAUCAUAGUUCGUUAUGGAAAUGGAGGUCUUCUAGUUUUCUACAAUGCGAUGUCAUGAGUGCUAAUCAUGAUAAAGGUUUACCACUUACAGAUAGAAAGAGAAUGUGAUUACGAAAGCAAAACUUUUUCGACUGAGAAAUAUUUUCAGAAGAGAGACGUUCAAGCUUGUCCCUCUCUCAAGCUUGUCCCUUCUAAUCUUCCACCUCCCCAGCGGAGAGGGCGUCAACUCCUCCUCUUGGUUACGCAUCCACGUAGGCAAAGCGACAAAAGAGGAAUCCCAAUAUGCCGCUCCAGGCCAGCGUGAUGCGACGAAAGAGGUCAUCACGGUGCAUGUUUCAAUCGUUCCCGGUGGGGAAGAGUGGAUCUCCGAAAACCUGCUAAACGUCGCGUUCGAACGCUGGGAAAAAGCCUGUGACAAGUACUUGAGUCCGUCAAAAAGUUGGAGGUUGAAGUGCGAUUGGGGUAGAUACGUCACAGUGGAUCAAGAGGAUUAAGGCUACCACAAAUCGUCCAUCUUCAGCACAGGCAUCCUGCGACCUCCGUUUUGAAGCAGGAAAAGGUUCUUCCAGGAUGCGCGCGAAGAUGGAUUUCUAUUAGUUCUAAGAAGAGGCGGAGAGACUGGAACUAGCAGCAUCAGAAUUGAAAGAAGCUUUGGCGAGGGGUGAUUGGGAUGGAGGAGCAACGGGGGGAUCUGAUCAUCCAGGUGGGUCAUGAUCUGACAUUGUUGAGCAGCAGGAUACUUUUCUCUUUCUGCCUGGUGUACACUGAUGUGAACACCAGCAUAGAUGUGAAACUGGCUGAUAUUACAACGACACAGACGAUAGCACCCCACGAAAUUUUCCUCCAUUCCUGAUUCUCCUGAUACCUCCAUUGUGAUUUAAUAUCCAAACUUUUUUGUUAAUACAUAUUUUCACAACUGACAAAAGCAACAACGGCUACACGACGCACAGCGUGAAAAAGUAUGCUUGAG